AAAAAUGAUCCAAUGAAUUGUGCAUGUAUUUUGUUUUGCUCACAUAUAUAUGAACGAUUUAAAAACCCACAAAAUUUCAACAGGAGUUUAACAUUGCCUGAAAAGCUUCAAAUUGAUUCUAUAGAUAUAUGGUUCAGUAUUAUGACAUUAUUUACUUUUGUAUCAUUGUUUUUGGCUUCGUCCUGUAAACCACAAUCCAAUUUAAAGCUGAAUGGCGAAAUAAUUGCUGAUUUGUGCUCCCACAAGACAUGUUAUUUCUUGGAAGUAAGGUUUAGCUUUUUCUGGACUCUGCAAUUUUCCAAACAAUCCCCUAUAAAUAGGGGAUUGUUACAACUUGUGCUGUAGAUUUCAGCUAGACUGCUACAAGGUCAUUUUAAGAAAAACACAAAUAGAAAAGGUUAAAAAAAGCUAAAAUGAUCAUGACUCAAAUACUACCAAUUGUAGUGGCCCUGCUUAUACUACAGAUGCAUCUUGGUUUGACUGAAGAUCAAGACCAGAUAAACCAUUGUUUACGAGGAAGAGAUGGGAGAGAUGGGAGGGAUGGAAAAGAAGGAGCAAUUGGUCCGAAAGGUGAAAAGGGGGAUAGAGGAGAAAAAGUCCAGGGUCCUCCAGGGAAAGCUGGUCCAUAUGUAAAGGGUGAAAAGGGGGAACCAGGAUCACCAGGUACACCUAUGUAUGAAAAACGCAUCACUGAAUUAGAGACAGAGCUCAAGAAACUGAAGGACACUUACUCUGCCCAUGAAAAACGCUUCAUCUUUACAGUUUGGAGCACAAGUGGUAGCAUAGUCUUUGGAUCCAGGAAAGACUCAGCCACUUUUGAAGAGGGCUUGAAAAUCUGUAGUGAAGCCGGUGGACAAAUUGCCACUCCUAAGAGCCAAUCUGAAAAUGAUGCCAUCGUUGAGAUCGUCAAAGCAACUAAUGUUGCAUACCUUGGCGUGAAUGACAGAGAAACAGAAGGGAAAUUUGUAGACUUAAAUAAUCAACCAUUAAAGUUUACAAAAUGGAAAACUGGUGAACCUAAUAACAGUGCAAAUUCUGAAGAUUGCACAAUUUUGCUUCCUGAUGGCGUGUGGAAUGAUGUACCGUGUCAAAGAAAAUACAUAAUAAUAUGUCAAUUUUAAAACGUAAGGCAAAACAUAUAAAGAUACUAGCUGCAGCAUUUGCCUACCCUUACCCUUGUUUUGCUGUAGUGUAAGCAAAAAUAACAAGGCUUGUUUCACAUGCUACACAUAAUUCAAUUUUCUAGCGAUUUUUUCUUUAGGAAAUAUAACAAAUACGUUUGUUCAGUACAAUACAUAUCCUGUAUUUUGUAAAAAAGAAAAGCAUCCAUUUUCCAAAAGACAAAAAAAGAAACAAUAUGCUAUAGGUUAUGUUUUUGUAAGUGUGGUGCAAAAAUGCAGUGCUGUGUGUUUUUUUUGACAAAUGUAG